AUGAGUCUGCAUAUCUUCAGUGACGAAAAUGUCACUGGUGACAAAAGUACAGAAAAUUGCGACUUCCUGUUUUCACCACCGGAACUUACCGGAAGAUCAUCUGUUCUCCGUCUGUCACAGAAAGAGAAUGUGCCACCGAAGAGCACAGCCAAAGCUGUGAAGGUGACGUUUCAAACACCUCUGCGGGACCCACAGACACACAGGAUCUUAAGUCCCAGCGCGGGCAGCAAGCUCGAAGCCUGUUUUGCUCUGGGCGACCCCGCUGGAUCAGAACAGUGCCAUCAAGUCUGCCCCCAGAAAGAGAACCAACAGUUCACCAAGGAAAGAGACACCAAAACGACCCAUGGAAUUCUCCAGAAGCCAGUACCAGCCAACGCCGAGCCCCCCUCAGAGGAUGUGAGACCAGCCUCCGAAGACCAGCCUCCUGGUGGGCCCCCCUCAGCUCCCCUGGUCAGCCUGGGUCCCUCAAGCUCUUCCCAGAUCCCAGAGAGUGUGGAAAGCCCCGAGGCCUCCCAAGGCCCAGUGCCCGGCAGCCCCGAGUGCGCCCGGGAGGAGCACAUCCACCCUCAGCCCUCAGAGGAAAGCAUGCCCCUCGGCCCCGCGGCUCCGGAACAGCCCCCCAGGGUGGCAUUCCAGGACACGGCAGAGGACCUGCUCAGCACUACGGGAGGGGACUCAGAGGGCGUCCCUGCUCCCCCCGCCGGGCCCGCCUCGCCCUCUGGUGCCCACCCUGGAGAAAAGCCCCUCAUGGGCCUGCCUAGAGAGGGCCCCACGGGCCCCACGGAUGCUGCUGGCAGCGAGAACCAGGCCCUGACCAGCCCCGGAGAGGCUGCAGGGGACACACACGCUGGUGCUCAGAGGGAGGAGGCCGCCGGCUCUCUGAGGAGCGGACCCGUCCGGCUGGAGUUUGACUUCUCUGACGCCACCAGCAGAAGGCCGCCCCCACUGCGGAAGCGAGGGAAGACCCUGGGUCUCAAGCCCCCCUCGAGGAGACCAGAGGCGAGGCCUGGAAAGGCCCCCCAGGAGGUGGGCAAGGGUUUCGAGCUCGCUCUCCAUGAGUCCAACGGCCCAAGCUGGGACAGGCCAGAUGACCCAGACUGUAACCCGGCCACGGACAGUGGAGAGGCCCAGCCCCCGGAGCACCCCCAGAGCGGCCAGACUGCAGAGGCCUUGUCACUGAGACGGCAGGCGUGCCCAGAUGACACACCCGGGACAAGGACCCCAGGAGCAGCGGGUGAGGAGGGGACCGCAGGCUCUUCGGGGGGGUCGGCGCCCCUCGGCAGCCCACGCAGCGAGCCACCGACUGCACCCACCAACCCCACGCCCCCCACCGAGAGGGGGCCGGAGCCCACCCUGGACCUGAGUGGGGAGCAGUUCCGGGACCCUGUGGAGGUCCUAGGCGCAGGGGCCGAGGUGGACUACCUGGAGCAGUUCGGGGCGUCCUCGUUUAAAGAGUCAGCCCUGAGGAAGCAGUCACUGUACCUCAACUUCGACCCGCUCCUGCAGGACAGUCCUUGGGCGCUGGCACCCAGCAGCCCCGGCCGCGCGCGGACGGCAGGCGGCCUCUCUCCUGGUCUCGGUGCUCGCGGUGUGGACGCGCCCCCCUCCGGCAGCCCCCCGGAGGCCCCGCUGCUUGACCUGGACUUCCCGGGGGCCCCGGGCCUCCCCACGCCCGGCCCUGCUCCGUGUGACCUCAGGCCCGGGGCCCCACUGCUGCCUGUGGGGCCGAUCGUCGAUGUGCUACAGUACAGCCAGAAGGACCUGGACGCGGCAGUGGAGGCCACGCAGAAAGAGAACAAGGCGCUGCAGGGCAAGUGCACGGCGCUGGAGGGAAGGCUCCUGGAGAUGGGGAAGAUCAUGGACAGCUAUGAGGGGACUGUGUACCAGGUGAUGGAGGAGGCUCAGAAACAGAAGGAGCUCUCCAAGGCCGAGAUGCAGAAGGUCCUGAAGGAGAAGGCGCAGCUGACGGCAGACCUGCACUCCAUGGAGAAGUCGUUCUCCGACCUUUUCAAGCGGUUUGAGAAACAGAAGGUGGUGAUCGAAGGCUACCGCAAGAAUGAAGAGUCGCUGAAGAAGUGUGUGGAGGAUUACAUAGGAAGGGUGGAGAAGGAGGCGCAGAAGUACCAGGCGCUGAAGGCCCAGGCGGAGGAGAAGCUCCAGCAGGCAAGCGAGGAGAUCGCCCAGGUCCGGAGCAAGGCCCAGACAGACGCUCUGGCGCUGCAGGCGGUCCUAAGGAAGGAGCAGAUGCGUGUCCACUCCCUGGAGAAGGUGGUGGAGCAGAAGAGUAAGGAGAACGAGGAGCUGAGCAGGAUCUGCGACGACCUCAUCUCCAAGAUGAAGAGGAUCUGA